CAAUCAGAUUUUGCAAAGCGUCCUAAGCCGACGUCAACCCGGUAACGGUGAAGAGAACCGGUGGAAUUGGGAAGAGAUCCGUGUGUACCGCUAACUAUAUUUCGCAGUCUCCUCUCUCAAUCUCAAAUACAUCAUGCCUUUCGAUGUUAGGAGGUUUGAUGUUUAUAGGAAAGUACCAAAAGACCUCACCCAACCCACCUAUACAGGAGCUUGCAUAUCCAUCCUCUGCUGUGUGUUCAUGCUCUUCCUCUUCUUGUCGGAACUGACGGGCUUCAUAGCCACUGAAAUUGUCAAUGAGCUGUACGUGGACGACCCCGACAAAAACAGUGGUGGGAAGAUAGAUGUGAGUUUAAACGUCAGUUUGCCAAACUUACACUGUGAUUUGGUGGGGCUUGACAUUCAGGAUGAGAUGGGUCGGCAUGAAGUCGGCCUCAUAGACAACUCCAUGAAGAUCCCUCUGAACCAGGGCUACGGCUGUCGCUUCGAGGGGGAGUUCACAAUCAACAAAGUACCAGGUAACUUCCAUGUGUCCACGCACAGUGCCACAGCGCAGCCCCAGAGUCCUGACAUGACCCACACCAUCCACAAGCUGGCCUUCGGGGAAAAGCUACAGGUAUUAAGGGUGCAGGGUGCCUUCAAUGCCCUAGGAGGAGCUGACCGCCUCGGCUCGAACCCUCUGGCCUCACAUGACUACAUACUGAAGAUCGUUCCCACAGUGUAUGAAGACCUCUCUGGCAGGAAGAGAUACUCGUACCAGUACACGGUAGCUAACAAGGAGUACGUAGCCUACAGCCACACCGGCCGGAUCAUCCCGGCCAUCUGGUUCCGAUACGACCUGAGUCCCAUCACAGUGAAGUACACGGAGCGGAGACAGCCCUUGUAUCGCUUCAUCACCACCAUCUGUGCAAUCAUCGGAGGGACGUUCACCGUGGCCGGCAUCAUUGACUCUUGCAUAUUCACCGCCUCGGAGGCCAUGAAGAAGGUCCAGAUAGGGAAGAUGUCCUGAGGUCAAAAGUCAUCCCACCACCAUCACCGCCACCACCUCCCUGCCCCAGCCUCGACGGUCAUCUUAUUAAUAAUGAUCUCGGUGAUUUAUUCGAUGGCUGCUCGAAUAGGAAAAACUAAAAAGGAAUCAAUCGCCUUGUUGAGAGAAAUAGCUGAGUGACCAAUGAAUGAAUGAAUGGCUUGGGUAUCCAUGUAGUGAUCCGUUAAACGCUGCACUUUGUCUUCCUUCCCCCCCUGUCCCCAAACCCGUGUAUUUUUGCUAUUGGACGCAUUCAUCGAUACAAAGUAUUGAUCCUGUCCGCAAAUAAUGGUCAACUGAAGGAUAUUUCUCUUUUUUCUACGAUGGUUGCUAGAUUUGAAUCCCGGAUGCCAUAGACUAAACUGGUCAUGAAAGAAGACGAAUGUAUUCCAUUGUUCCUGAUACUGAUUUGCAUGCCAUUGAAUUCGUAAUGUAAAGGUUCUUCCAUCCACGUUCUCAGCAGCUAUACCAGUCAUGGGCAUUUAAGCAUGUUGUGCUUUGUGUUCAUAUGUGGGAGUGGCUGUCACUUAAACCAGUUCAUUGUAUUACAUUUCUAUUUUAGUUACAAAUAUCAGAUUUUCUGGAUCCGCCCCUGGUUAAAUUUUUAUGAAGUUGAUUUUGUUGGGUUUCAUUUACUUUCAGCUGUCCAUUUACCAUUAUAAGAUAUAGGAUAAAAGUUUACUCGUUUUAGUUUUUGCCAUAAUCCAGUCCACUUAGAUGCGUUUCUUUUAGGACACUUUUUUUAAAGUCUGCUUUCAAAUGUACAUUUUGGUUACAGGGUUUACCAGGCAUGGUCAGUUAUUCUUAGGAUUGAAUGUGUUGCAUCCUUUUCUGUGCUUUUUUUUUGGUCUUGGCUUCCUUCUGCGGCAACUGACAAAAAACACUACUUCUAAACUAGUUUUCCUACUUCUUGUACAAUUUGUGUUGUUUUUUUUGUUCAGAAUGUCAGGGGAAUACUACCUGGUGACACAGUAAAGGUUACCUUUGAAACCGCUGCGUCUCGGUCACUUCCCUUGUGAGUCGCUCCUUGUGUUCAUCACUUGGGUUUAGGGGCCCAGGUAACGUGAUGUGGUAGGUAGACAGAGAUUGAUUACUGCUGUAAACAAUUGUCCUCUUUUCUUCUGCUAAAAAUAUGGUCUUUUCUUACACUCGUGGAAAGGAUAUUCCACGAGUUCCAGCAUUCAAAGAUACAAAAUACUAAUGUGUCUUUUCAUAAUAACUAGUAUUUGAACAAAUACUUUAUUAACUACUUAGCUUUGAGCAGAAAACAGCUCUGUAUUUGGGAAGAAAUAGCACUGCAGCCAAUUCAUUCAGGGGUUUCUCCUCAGACUAUAACAUGCGAAUGCAUUACAGACUACACCAUAGAACAUAUAGCAUGCACCUUUUUAUGUAUUCCUUUUAAAAUGAGGUCAAAAAACGUAAUGUAACCUCAAGCUUAUCGUAGAAAGUGCUUUACAGAACUAGAGUCAAGUCCAAGUUGGUGCAGCACUCUAAUAAUGGGAACGAAUUUAACAUGUUAUGGGACAACAAAGUGAGAAUCUAAUGCAAAAUAUGUCAUGUUGUUUAAUUUCUUCCCAUUAAGGGCACAUUUUGUACAAAAUGAAACACGGAUGAAUACUCUGUAUAUAAAAGUUAAAAAAUAUAACUGGGUGAAUAUAUAAUACUUUGGGUUGUUUUUAACAUAGUGUCGCCACCCAGUGGCUGGCACAGAAACUUAAGGCACACAGUCAGUCAAUUUUCUGUCGGCAGCACAGGCAGGGAUAAGAGUGCAUUGAGAUGAGCUUUGGCUAUACUGGAGAGGUCAAGGUCGAGAUAUGGACCCUAGAACACCAUUCUAAUGGGUGAUUUCACAUUAUCCUCCAUGAAAAAAGGGAGAACUAGAUCGAAGUUAAUACUUUCAUUUUAAACACGACCCCUAGUGGUCCACACUGGCAGUGAUUUACAUUUCUU